UGAAAAAUGUAUUCCACGACUCUUCAACUCCGACCCCCUAAAACUCGCCGGAAGGCCAAAAAUACACCAUAUGUGCUACCACCCGACUCACAAGCAAACGACGAGAGAGAGAGAGAAAGAGAAGUCUUCCAUUCUCAUUAACGUUUAUCUUCUGUCUUAAAUGUUUCCUUUCCACACCUCUUACUCUGUCUGUGAAUGGAAGUAGUAGUAGAGAAAAGAUAUAACAGAAGCACAGAAUUCUAAGUUGAUUUUCUUCCAUAAAGCCUUCCCGGCCUUUGACUAGUUUGGGGAUCUCUGUUCCUUAAUUUCUAUUUCCUAAUUUAAUUUGCUCCCCUGUUCUUUCUCUGCUCCUCCUCAAUUAAUUGCACAGAUUCACCUCUCAUGAGGAGCUUCACAUGGAAAAGUUUGACAAUUGGACGGCCACGAUGAUCUUGCUUUGCAAGGAAAGGAACAAUAAUCCCAGCCGGAGAGAUCCCAUGCACCAUGGACGACGAACUACCUGGGUCUUUCGGCACAAGCGCCAGCUUGUCUCUGCGAUUGGGGCAAGCCAUCUUCUCCUCCGCCUCUCUUCUCUUCAUGUCUUUGUGUGUCGAGUUCUACAACUACACCGCUUUCUGCUAUUUAGUGACAGUCAUGGGUCUGGUAAUUCCAUGGAGUUUCACAUUGGCACUGGUGGAUGGGUACUCGGUCAUUGUUGGUUGCCCCCUUCGCCAACCAGGAAUUCUACUGAUCAUAAUCAUAGGAGAUUGGGUUCUAUCAAUUCUCUCACUAGCAGCAGCUUGUGCAACAGCCAGUGUUAUAAUUUUCCUGCUUGAAAUUGGUGGAGCUUACUGCCCUCCAAAGUUUUGCAGUAGAUAUCAGCUGUCUGCUGCAAUGGCUUUCCUAUCUUGGUUUCUAUCUGCAGCCUCAUCAUUGUUCAAUCUUUGGCUGCUCCCUUCCCUGUAAUUCUCAUUUUGAUAUUUUCAUUUUUUUUUUGUAAAAACCAUUAUGUAUACUGUUAAGUGGAUAAUGUUGAGAAAUCCAAAUACAAAUAAUGAAAUAGUACCAUUCAAAAGUAAUGCCAUUUUUUCAGAAAUAGAGAAGAAUA